AUGCUGAGCAGACUAAUGAGUAGUAGCAUCCGGAGUCUGGACCGGGAGUGCAACUGCACCGUGCGGCUGCUGGACGAUUCCGAGUACACCUGCACCAUACAGCGGGAUGCAAAGGGGCAGUACCUUUUUGACCUCAUCUGCCACCACCUCAACCUGCUUGAGAAAGACUACUUCGGCAUCAGAUAUGUGGACCCAGACAAGCAGCGGCACUGGUUGGAGUUCUCAAAAUCCAUUGCCAAACAAAUGAAGUCUCAGCCUCCUUUCACCAUGUGCUUGCGUGUUAAGUUCUACCCGCCUGACCCUGCCGCCCUACGGGAGGAAAUCACCAGAUAUCUGGUGUUCCUUCAGGUGAAGCGAGACCUCUACCAUGGCCGCCUGCUGUGCAAAACCUCAGAUGCCGCUCUACUGGCUGCGUAUAUUUUACAAGCUGAGAUUGGCGACUACGACCCUGGAAAACACCCUGAAGGAUACAGUUCCAAGUUCCAGUUCUUCCCCAAACACUCAGAAAAACUGGAGCGGCGGAUCGCCGAUAUCCACAAGACAGAGCUGAUAGGUCAAAGCCCUGAAACAUCAGAGCUGAACUUCCUCCAGAAGGCUCAGAUGUUGGAGACAUAUGGAGUUGACCCACAUCCAUGCAAGGAUGUGUCUGGAAAUCCAGCUUUUCUGGCAUUCACUCCAUUUGGAUUCACCGUGCUGCAAGGAAACAGGAGGAUUCAUAUCCUCACAUGGGAUGAGGUGACCAAGCUGAAGUUUGAAGCCAAGACAUUCCAUAUUUAUGCAAAUCAGACUGAGGACCAGAAGAUCAUACUGACCUAUUUUGCACCGACACCUGAGGCCUGUAAGCACCUGUGGAAGUGUGGUGUGGAAAAUCAAGCCUUUUACAAGUUGGAGAAGUCCAGUCAAGUGCGCACUGUGUCCAGUAGCAAUCUUUUCUUCAAGGGUAGUCGGUUUAGAUACAGUGGGAAGGUCGCAAAAGAAGUGAUGGAACAAAGUGCCAAAAUUAAAAGGGACCCGCCUGAGAUCCACAGGGCGGGCAUGGUGCCAAGCAGGAGCUGUCCAUCUAUCACGCAUGGCCCUCGUUUGACGAGCGUGCCCAGGACGAGACGGAGAGCAGUACACAUCUCCAUCAUGGAGGGUCUGGAGUCCCUCCGCGACAGCGCCCACUCCACGCCGGUUCGCUCGGUCUCCCAUGGCGACUCCUUCCUGCCCACCCGAGGCCGCACAGUGGACGGCGGCGAGGCCGGUGCAUCAGCGGUCAUCUCUGAUGAAGCCUACAGUCCCUCGGACAGCGUCCUCCCUACGCCCGUGGCCGAACGCGGAAUGGAGAUGCACCUCAACGGCGCCCCCUGUAGCAUCGACGAGGACGAGUUUGGUGCAUCGCCAGAUGCGGCGGACAAAAGGAGAGCCCCACGGGCACUUAAAAGCAGAGCGUCGCCCCCGAGCGAUGUGGAGGAACUGCACAAGUUCAUCCUGAGUGUUCUCCGCUUGUUCCUGGUCACUAUUGGACUGCUCUUCGCCCUCCUGCUGCUUCUCAUAGUGCUGACCGAAUCCGACUUGGACGUGGCCUUCCUGAGAGACAUCCGCACCACGCCCGAAUUCCAGCAGUUCCACUUUGAGUACUUCUGCCCGCUGCGGCGCUGGUUCGCCUGUAAGCUCAGAUGGAUAGGAGGGCUCUUGAUCAGCAAGUAA